CUACACUAUUGAAGUUUUGUUUGAGUGCAUCAGUAGCAAGUAUUCUAGUUGUAAGCACAAUUAUAACAACUGAGUUUUGAUACCACUGAAAUGUUACUUCCAGAAUAUGCACAUGGAAUCGACUUGCACCUUCAUUUAGACGGUGCUGUUAGACCAGAAACUCUUCUUGAACUUUCAAAACAUCGGAAAGUGGUAAAUGUCCCCAAUACGUUGCCUGAAUUUAAAGAGAAGUUACUUCCAAAACCUCCGUACUCUUUGAAACAUUUCUUGGAAUCUUUCGAAAUUAUCAUACCCCUGAUUUCAGGAGAUAAGGAGGUGAUAGCGCGUAUCUGUGAUGAAUUCGUUGAAGAUUGUGUGAAGAAAGGUGGACUGUGUUAUGUAGAGACAAGAUUUUGUCCAUUUAUUUUAACUGGUCCUAAAUUGAACCCUGAAGAGGUCCUGAAGACAGUCCUAGAAGCGCUGAAGAUAUCUAGUGAAAAAAACAAUAUAGAAGUCCGAACCAUUUUGUCAAUUCUAAGACAUAUGCCUGAAACAGCAAAGCCGACUUUAGAGCUAGCCAAAAAGUAUAAAUCACAUGGUGUUGUAGCUAUAGACAUUGCAGGUGAUGACUCUGUAUUGGAAAAACAAAGUGUAGCAAAUGAGAUUGUUCAAACAUUUCAAGAAGCUAAAAAGUCUGAUAUUCAUCGUACAGUUCAUGUUGGUGAAAAUAGUUCAGCAAAGACUGUUCAUGAAGCAAUUACUGGAUUACACGCUGAACGUAUCGGUCAUGGAUAUCAUAUUGUAGAUGAUGACAAGUUAUACAAAUCAGCUGUCAAUGCUGGUGUACACUUCGAGCUGUGUCCAUCAUCAAGUAUUGUAACAGGAGCUGUGAAUAUGAAAAAUGUCAGAAAUCAUCCUGUUCAUCGUUUUAUUGAAGACAAAGUCAGUUACUCUAUUAAUACAGAUGAUCCAACAUUAACACAAAGAUGGGAUCUAGAAGAAGUCAAAUAUUGUAUGGAGGAAUUUGGAUUAAAAUACUCACAACUUAAUGAUGCCUAUAUGAAUGCAGCUAAAGCAGCUUUCAUUACUGAUGAAGAACGUCAGCAUUUAAUAUCACAUUUAACGACUAGAACAAAAAAUCGGAUCAUUAAAAUCUAAACAGUGAAAUCAACUAUUUGGAUAAAUGACUUUUUUAACCAAAAGUAUAUUUAAAUAUUUACAAUAAUAUGGCAACAUGAAAUUUUCAGAUUUUCAUUCUUUAAUUUAAUAAUUUGAAGUGACUUUAAUUUAAUAACUUGCUCACAAAUAAUUUCUUAUGCAAAAUAUGAUUUCAGUAAAGCAAACGGAUGACUAGUCUCCUUUUAUUAUUGAACAACUCAUUUGUUUUAUUCUACUAAUUCUGUUUCAUUGAAGUGCCUAAUUUCAAUUUUAUUUUAUUGUUUUUUGAAUAAAUGAUAGUAAUAAGUUUUCGUUGUA